AUUGAUGGGCACACUCCAACUGCUGGGCUGGAGAGACUGGACUUGGUCUUGCCAUUUCUGCUGCUUUAAAUAAGAAGACAACUUGGGCUUCUUUUUAAUUUAGUUCUUCUCCUUCUCCCCCACUCCCCCAACCUUCCCCUUCACCUCCCCCACCCCAAUUACCACCCCCCUUUUAAAUAAGCGGGUGAAGGUGAACCACAGCGCACCAGGGAAGUGACUCAGGAGGCAGAGAAGAUGGGCAUCCUCAGCGUAGACUUGCUGAUCACACUGCAGAUUCUGCCAGUUUUUUUCUCCAACUGCCUCUUCCUGGCGCUCUAUGACUCGGUCAUUCUCCUCAAGCACGUGGUGCUGCUCUUGAGCCGCUCCAAGUCCACUCGCGGGGAGUGGAGGCGCAUGCUGACCUCAGAGGGAAUGCGCUGCAUCUGGAAGAGCUUCCUCCUGGAUGCCUACAAACAGGUGAAGCUGGGUGAAGAUGCCCCCAAUUCCAGUGUGGUACGUGUCUCCAGUCCUGAAGGAGGGGACAACAGUGAAAAUGGUACCCAGAAGAUAACUGAUGGAACCAAGUGCCACCUUCUUGACUUUGCCAACCCUGAGCGCCCGCUGGUGGUCAACUUUGGCUCAGCCACUUGACCUCCUUUUACUAACCAGCUGCCAGCUUUCAGCAAACUGGUAGAAGAGUUCUCAUCAGUGGCUGACUUCCUGUUGGUCUACAUUGAUGAGGCCCAUCCUUCAGAUGGUUGGGCAGUGCCUGGGGAUUCUUCUUUGUCUUUUGAGGUGAAGAAGCACCGGAACCAGGAAGACCGAUGUGCAGCAGCCCACCAGCUUCUGGAGCGUUUCUCCUUGCCGCCCCAGUGCCGUGUUGUGGCUGACCGCAUGGACAAUAAUGCCAACGUAGCUUAUGGAGUAGCCUUUGAACGUGUGUGUAUUGUGCAGAGACAGAAAAUUGCUUAUCUGGGAGGAAAGGGCCCCUUCUUCUACAACCUUCAAGAAGUCCGGCGGUGGCUGGAGAAGAACUUCAACAAGAGAUGAAAUCUAGAUUAGCUGUUUAAAGGUAUGAUUGUAAUAGAGCUUUUUAAAAAAAAUUAUAUAUAUAUAAAUAUAUAAAGGGAAAGGAACUAAGAACUGAAUCCACUAUUUCAACUGAGUCUCAUUGCUUCACUGAAAGACAGCGAUUUACAUGUCAGAAGAACGUAAACCUCUAACAUCUCAAUACUUCUUUACCACUCGAAUGGCAUUUGGCUAAAUAGUAGCCCCAUCACUUCUAUUUCUUUAAAAAAAAAAAAAAGUCCUGACUGUAAAGAUCCCAAGGUGGAGAGGAAGAAACUGUUGA